GAAAGGGGUGGGGAGACUGGGUCAGGUGAUUGUCAAUGGGCCGUCCAAGAUGGCGCCCGGUUUGUGGAGCCUGAGGAGGAGGAAGAGGAGGGUUGUUUUUUUUACCUGUGACUUGGAGCUGAGGGAGGAGGAGGUUCGGAGUUGAUUUUUUUUUUAUUUUGGGGUCAUAUCCUCCCACGCCUUCGUUUUAUUCCUGGGAGACUUUCGCCUGAAGGGUAGACUUGAGAAGGAGGAGGAGGCGGCGGCGUUUUUUAUUUUAAUUCCCCGAUGUGCGCCUUUUUCCGAGGAGGGGCUACCGGGGCUGUGCCUGUUGCGCUCCCGACGAGAGAGCCGUCUAUCCUUCCCCAGCCAUGGCUCUGAGGGAGCUCAAAGUUUGCCUGCUGGGGGACACUGGUGUGGGCAAGUCAAGCAUUGUAUGGCGCUUUGUAGAAGACAGCUUUGAUCCCAACAUCAAUCCAACAAUUGGAGCAUCUUUUAUGACAAAGACAGUGCAGUAUCAGAAUGAGUUGCAUAAAUUCCUAAUAUGGGAUACAGCAGGGCAAGAACGAUUCCGUGCUCUAGCACCGAUGUACUACCGAGGUUCUGCAGCAGCUAUUAUAGUUUAUGACAUCACAAAAGAGGAAACAUUUUCAACAUUAAAGAACUGGGUGAAAGAACUUCGACAGCAUGGACCUCCCAAUAUUGUUGUUGCUAUUGCUGGAAAUAAAUGUGAUCUUAACGAUGUAAGGGAAGUCAUGGAAAAAGAUGCUAAAGACUAUGCAGAUUCCAUCCACGCAAUAUUUGUAGAGACCAGUGCAAAAAAUGCAAUAAACAUAAAUGAACUGUUCAUAGAAAUUAGUCGUAGAAUUCCAUCAACAGAUACCAACCCCCCAUCUAGCGGUAAGGGCUUCAAACUUAGAAGACAGCCUUCAGUGACAAAACGCAGCUGUUGUUGACUGAUACGAUCAUAUACCAGACUAGCUUUUAUAAAGUAUUUGGCCUUGGAAGUUAUGGGUUUACUUUGGGUAUAUCGUACUCGUAUUGGAUUCCUAUCUGCCUGGUGUUCAUAGACCCUGAAAUGGGCCAGUUCUGGCGUGCUUUUACGGACUGAGGAGACCGCAGUCAUCCUGCUGUUGGACUGCUUCCUUGCAUACAACGUCUGGAUUAUCUCUUGUACUCAAAGGGAAUUCAUCUUCAGUUUCUUCUUUAGCCUCAUGAGAAAGGAACUCCAAAAUACAGAUUGUAAGACUUAAUAUUUCAUAGUUUUUAUAAACAAAACUUUGCUAUGUUUUUUCGUGAGGGAGGGAAGGGACACUAGCACUUUGUGGGAGUGGGCAAGCCCUGUGGAUAGAAAUGUUAGCUCUGAUCUCAAUGCAGUUCUACACUCCACGUCAUUGUUGCUAUAAUAAGCCUUACUGUUUUCAUGGUUGCUUCUCCAAAGUACAGAAUGAGCAGCUGAUUUAAUAGUCAGCUGCAAAAAUAAUGAAGCUGAUAAAAAGACCAAAUCCAGUCACCAACCUUACUUGCACUUUUAUUAUUUACUGAUGAUAUUGAAGAUGUGUUCAGAAAGGGGAGGGGCGGGGGGAGCUUAGACAAUCUUGCCAUUUUAUGCUUAAUUACUAUAGAAGAAAAUAGAUAGAAACCUUUUUUUAGUAGGCUUCUCAUUAAAAACCCUAGAUGAAAUUGACCAAAAUGAACUUGAGUACAACUGGCAGGCAUCAGUUGCUGUCAGUCAUUUUAGAACAAGCAUGUUGAAUAGGGGGCACUCCCAAUCGCUUAGCAUGAGCAAGUUUUUAUACUCUCUUAUUUAUGAGACCAAUGCCUAAAGUAUUAUAAAUUAUGUUAGUGCCAUGGAUGACCUCUUUUCCUUUCAGUCCCUCACCUGCGGGUGGGGGGGGGGGGGACACAAGUCCACAGGUCAGAAUUGCUGUGGGCUCCAGCCUGUACACAGAUAGCCUUGCCUUAUCAGGCAUCCUCGUGUUACUAGUACUGGAAAACACUCUUCUCUCUGUCCAGUAGAGGUUGCUGUGCGUAUAGUUUGAGGUUUGCUUACAGAACAAAUCACUUCUGCAUGAUAAAAACAGAAACAGGGAUCCAAAGCCAAGUUGUGUAGGGCAGUGUAGAUCGUUGCCUCCUUCCUCUUGGGCCUAUCCUGAAGAUUUAACUCUUUUUAAAUCUUGUUUUUAAGCAGAUUAUCUUUUGGCUUUGUAUUGUGUUUCCAUUUUAUAUUAAACUAUAAAUUAAUCUUG